CCCUUCCUCUUUCAUCUCCUGCUUCAACCGCAACUCCCAGCCACCGAAGCAGGAGAAUCAAAAAAACCCUCACCGAACCCCGCCGCCACAUUCGAUCAUUCCCACGGCGGCGAUGCCUUCUCUACUCCCUCUCUCCAACGGCGCCACCGCCAUGAGCGAGAGUCCCAAAGACAAGUCGAAGAAGAAGAAGGACAAGAAGAAGAGCGAAACCGUCCAAAUCGACGCCGAUUUGGAGGUGACGAGCUCCAAGAGCAAGAGCAAGAAGAGCAGCUCGAAGAAGCGGAAGAAGAGUUCCGAUGAGGAGGAAGAGGAGCAGGAGAGGAGUGAGACUAGCUCUGAGCUCGUGGAGCCGAAGGCGAGUAAGAAGAUGAAGAAGAAGAUUAAGUUUGAUGAGGAUGGUGAAGAGGAGGAGGAAGAGGUGGUGGUUGAGAAGAAGAAGGAGGAUCCGAAUGCGGUUUCGAGGUUCAGGAUUUCGGAGCCGUUGAGGGCGAUUCUGAAGCAGAAGGGGAUUGAAUCGCUGUUCCCCAUUCAGGCUAUGACGUUUGAUACCAUUCUCGAUGGUGCUGAUAUGGUUGGUCGCGCUCGUACUGGUCAGGGUAAAACUCUGGCCUUUGUGUUGCCCAUACUUGAGUCUUUGACAAAUGGUCCGGGCAAAGUGGCAAGAAAGACUGGUUAUGGGAGGUCUCCGAGUGUCCUUGUGCUUUUACCUACUAGGGAAUUGGCCACUCAGGUGUUUGCUGAUUUUGAAGUUUAUGGUUCGGCUAUGGGAUUGAAUGCUUGCUGUUUAUAUGGUGGUGCUCCAUAUCAUAGUCAAGAAAGUAAUCUCAAACGAGGUGUUGAUAUUGUUAUUGGAACACCGGGUCGCAUAAAGGACCAUAUUGAGAGGCAAAACCUUGACCUGAGCAAACUAAGGUUCCGUGUCCUUGAUGAGGCUGAUGAGAUGCUGAGGAUGGGUUUUGUUGAAGAUGUCGAACGCAUUCUAGGUGAGGUAGAUGAUGUUAAUAGAGUUCAGACACUUCUUUUCAGUGCUACUUUGCCAGUCUGGGUUAAGCAGAUUUCUACAAAAUUUCUGAAACCAGAUAAGAAAACUGCUGAUCUUGUUGGGAAUGAGAAAAUGAAGGCUAGCACCAAUGUUAGGCAUAUUGUUCUUCCAUGUAGUAGUUCUGCCAGGGCGCAGCUUAUCCCUGACAUUAUUCGCUGUUACAGCAGUGGAGGCCGAACCAUUAUUUUUACUGAGAAAAAAGAGUCUGCUUCUGAGCUUGCGGGCUUGUUGCCUGGAGCAAGAGCUCUCCAUGGUGACAUACAGCAGUCACAACGGGAGAUUACGCUGAAAGGUUUUAGGUCUGGGAAAUUCAUGACAUUGGUGGCUACAAAUGUGGCUGCUAGGGGUCUGGAUAUUAACGAUGUUCAGUUGAUUAUCCAGUGUGAGCCUCCACGGGAUGUAGAAGCAUAUAUCCAUCGAUCUGGGCGCACAGGAAGAGCCGGCAAUACUGGAGUUGCUGUAAUGCUUUAUGAUCCAAGAAAGUCAAAUUUUUCUAAAAUAGAAAGAGAAUCGGGUGUGAAGUUUGAACACAUAUCUGCUCCCCAGCCUGAUGAUAUUGCCAAAGCUGUUGGUGGGGAAGCUGCUGAAUUGAUUAUCCAAGUUUCUGAUAGCGUGGUUCCUGCAUUCAAGUCUGUUGCUGAGGACCUUCUGAAGAACUCUGGUUUAUCAGCUGUUGAGUUACUUGCAAAAGCUCUUGCCAAGGCUGUUGGUUUUACUGAUAUAAAGAAAAGAUCACUGCUGACUUCCAUGGAGAAUUAUGUUACAUUACUUCUCGAGACUGGAAGAUCUAUCCACACCCCAUCCUAUGCUUUUGGAAUCUUGAGGAGAUUUGUGCCUGAGGAGAAGGUUGAUGGUGUGCAGGGUCUUUCUCUCACUGCAGAUGGAACUGGUGCUGUGUUUGAUGUACCAGCCAAUGAUUUAGAUGCAUUCCUUGCGGGUCAGAAGAAUGCUGGUAAUGUAAGCCUAGAGGAGGUAAAACUAUUGCCACGUUUGCAAGAAAGGGACCAAUCAAGAGGGGGCAGAGGGGGUUUUGGAGGUGGCGGGAGUAGGUUUGGGAGAGGUGGCCGUGGGUUUUCAAGUGGUGGUAGAGGUUAUGGAGGCCGAGGUGGAGGUGGUAGGAGAUGGUAAGAGACUAUGAGUUGAGUGAUCACUAUGCUCAUUAUGAUCAGGGAGCAUAAUGGCAUUAACUUUUGCUGUGUUAUCUGCUGCCACCACCGCCCCUCAAUUUUGCUGGCCGUCUAAAACCCUACAUGGGGUGGUCUAAUUUUUGAUAAUUCUUUAUGUUCAGUGUCUCCCAAUUAGUUCAAUUUUGACAGGAAAAUGUACUAGUUAAGUUUCUAUAUGUGACAAACAAGGACGAGUUUUUAAGUGUAUGAUUGAUUAUGACAUCGACAAUGGUGAAAAAUAUAUAUAUUCUGUCAUUUAUUUGUGUUUAGCUAA